UCUCGCGGUAUUCAGGCGGUCAAUGCCUGAUAGGAAUAAUGGCUGCCUUCGUAGCAAUGGCUGGAAUGGGGAACGACACAAGCGGCAUACCGGAGCGUUUUAGCUGACCAGGAACAGCGUAAAUUACUGGGCACCCCCUUCUACCCGGUUUUCAGAACGGAUGGGUAGAGGGGGUUUUGCCAAAGGACAAAAGAAACGAAAGAGACUCGGAGGGAAGAGGAGGGACGCUAACGCUGCCUUUAUAGCUAGCACUAGCUGGCUAGUUGUCGCUGCCGGGGAAGAAGUCCGCGGAGUCGUGACAGCCGUGCGUCGGAACGGGUGAAGGAAACAGGAGUUGAACGCUGGAGCGUGUGAUCAAACAUCUGGCUAAGCGCUAAUAUGAGCGGACCCGGACAGGACAGUGAGCCAGAGGCCAAAGUCCUUCUCAUCAAGCGACUCUACAGGGCUGUGGUGGAGACUGUGCACAAGCUAGAUGUCAUCAUCGGCAGCAAAUCGUCCUACAGAGAAGUCUUCAAGCCGGAGAACAUCAGCCUUCGCAACAAGCUGAGGGAACUUUGUGUGAAACUGAUGUUUCUGCAUCCAGUGGACUAUGGCCGCAAGGCCGAGGAGCUGCUGUGGAGAAAGGUUUACUAUGAAGUCAUUCAGGUUAUCAAGACCAACAAGAAGCACAUCCACAGUCGCAGUGCUCUGGAGUGUGCCUACAGAACUCACCUGAUAGCCGGCGUGGGUUUCUACCAACACCUGCUGCUCUACAUCCAGUCACAUUACCAGCUGGAGCUGCAGGAUUGCAUUGACUGGACCCACGUGACAGAUCCACUGAUAGGGCGAAAGAAACCAGUGUCAGCCACCCCCAAGGAGAUGGAGUGGGCACAGAUGGCCUGUCAUCGCUGUCUGGUCUACCUUGGAGAUCUAGCGCGCUACCAAAACGAGCUUGCAGGAGUGGAGGCUGAGCAGCUGGCGGAGAGGUUUUACCAUCAGGCAUUGUCAGUUAUGCCACACGUAGGAAUGCCUUUUAACCAACUGGGCACACUGGCAGGGAGCAAGUUCUACAAUGUUGAAGCAACUUACUACUACCUACGCUGCAUUCAAUCAGAUGCCCCCUUUGAGGGCGCCUACGGCAACCUGAAGCGCCUGUUUGACAAAGCUGCCAAGAUGUAUCAUCAAGUAAAGAAACAGGAAAUGAAGAAGUUGUCUCCCUCUCGACAAAGGUCGAAAGACAUUAAGCGGCUCCUGGUGAGCUUCAUGUAUCUGCAGAGCCUGCUGCAGCCCAAGAACAGCCUGAUGGAAACGGAGCUGACUUCACUCUGCCAGUCGGUGCUGGAAGACUUCAACUUGGUGAUGUUCUACCUGCCACCGCCAACACAUGGCGGUGCUCACCACACCCCUAGCGAGGAAGAGGAGGAGCAGCAGCAGCACAGUGACAGCUCCUAUCCUGUGCUGCCUGACAACCUAAUCUUCAAAAUGGUGGUCACAUGUCUGAUGGUAGUGCACAGCCUUAAGAGAGGAGGUUCAAAGCAGUACAGUGCAUCCAUAGCAUUCACUCUGGCCCUCUUCUCCCACCUUGUAAACCACGUCAACAUCCGGCUUCAGGCUGAACUGGAAGAAGCAGAGAGUCAGGUGCCUCCACUUCAGACUGACGCUGCAGACGAUCUGGACAUGAAGGAUCUGACAGCUGCACCGACAGAUCCCUCUGGUGAAAGGCCUUUGCAAAAUGGUUCCCUGGAGCAAGAGGAUGAGGAGGAUAAGGAUGAAGAUGGCUCUGAAAGGGUUGCAGCCAACAAGCACAGCAGCAUAGAAGAACAACGCAAGAUGAACGAAGAGAAGCAGAGGCAGAAGAAGAAGUACAGCCGCCUUUCUCGACUCCGCCGUCGCCGCUGUGCUCGCAAAGACGGUCACGGAGAGGAUGAAAGUGACUUGAGCGAAGGCUUCGAGAGUGAAGAAGAAGAAGAUGACGAUGAAGAAAGAGGGGUCCGUGCUGAUUCAACAGGUGGGACCACAACAGGAACGCCAGUCAACUCGUCAUCUGUGAAGAAGGAGCCCAAGAGAGAUGCCUUGGGCGAGGAGGGCAGCUGGGGAAGCGGCUCUGAGGAGGAGGAGGAAGGAGGAACAGCAUUUGAUGUAGAAACUGAUUCAGACAUGAACAGUCAAGAGUCUCGCUCAGACCUAGAAGACAUAGAGGACACGGAAAACUCAGAGGGUCACGCCCGGGAGCACCAGGAUGAUGAAGAUGAGGACCAACCAAAGGAAGACGCAGGAGAGAGGGAUACCACCGACACCCCUCCGACCACCAAUGGGCCUCUCAUGUCCAGUGACUCCAGCAUUAGCAGUAACCUGCAGGCCAUGUCUUCUCAGCUCUUCCAGGCUAAGAGAUGCUUUCGCCUGGCGCCAACAUUCAGUAACAUGCUUUUAAGGCCUCAUGCUUCGUCUUCCCCGAGUAUUCCAACCCCUACUGACAGCUCAGCUCCCCCCUCCCAAGAGACUCCUCCUCCUCCUCCUCCUCCUCCUGGAGAUUCCCCCUGUGAAAUGAACCCUGGUACUGCCAAUGGAACCAGUGAAAAUGACUUGGACUCUGAUUCGGAAGGAAGUCAACACAGCACUGAGUCAGUACAUAGUGAAAAAACCCUCUUAGAGAAACUGGAGAUUAUGACCAAUCAGGGGUUAAUCCAGGUUGUUAAGGUGUUUCUUGACUGGCUACGGACAAAUACCGAUAUUAUCCUCAUGUGUGCGCAGAGUUCCCAAAGCCUGUGGAACCGACUGUCUGUGCUGCUGAACCUGCUACCAGAUGGCAGCAAGCUGCUCGAGGCUGAGCUCAGUCUGAACGCUGAAGUGACAGAGUUGUUAAAUGAGUGUGAGCGACCAGAUUUGGUCCAGAGUCUGCUGCUGCCUGAGGAUCUAGCUCUGCGACACCUGCCUGCUCUUGGUGUAGCCCACCGCCGCCUUGACUUUUCCCGGCGCAACCCCUCCCUCAGUCCCCUACAAGAGUGUGUGGUACGAGUGUGUUGUAUUCGCAGCUUCGGCCACUUCCUGACAAGUCUCCAAGGCAACGUGCUGCACUUUAACCCAGAGGCGGGCAUCUUCACCAGCGUUAGUCAGUCCAAACAGGAUAAUCUGGUGCAGCAGGCCAAGGCCCAGUUUCGCAUGGCUGAAGAGGAGGCUCGUCGUAAUCGAUUAAUGAGGGACAUGGCCCAGCUUCGACUACAGUUGGAGGUGUCACAGCUAGAGGGCAGCCUUCAGCAGCCUAAAGCCCAGUCAUCCAUGUCUCCCUACCUGGUGCCAGACACAGCUGCUCUGUGCCAGCAUCUGAACCUCAUCCGGCAGCUGGCUGGUAGCGGUUGCUUUAUCAUCAUCAUCCCACGAACAGUGAUUGAUGGACUUGACAGGUUAAAGAAGGAAAAUGCUGGUGCGAGGGAUGGAAUCCGCUUCCUGGAGUCUGAAUUUCGUAAAGGCAACAGAUACAUCCGCUGCCAGAAGGAGUCGGGUCGAAGUUUUGAAAGAGAUAAGCUGAAGCGGCAGGACAUCGAAGCCUGGCAUCUGUACAAGAUGGUGGAUAGUUGCCGUCAGCUAACAGUCUCCCAGAACGGAGAUGAAGAUACAGCCGGUAUGGUGACCAUUCUUACAGGCCAUGAAGUAGAGGAGCUUUGCUCUCGGUCAGCAGCGAUGAAGGCGGCGAUCCAGGCGGCUGGCUCAGCAGGCAUGGAGCUGAAGAACAUCGUGGAGUUCUACCGUCAGUGGAAGGAGAUUGGCUGAGAGGUCAAAAGGGGAGCAGCUGUCGGCGCUGCGAACAGCUGAUCGAUCACAACACUUGCUCCCUCUCUCUUUCUCCCACUCUUUUGCUCUGUGUGUAUCUGCGUCUCCAAAGGCAAAAAAACAACUCAAAAGAAA